UCUGAUCUUCACUGGCUUCUCGGGCUCAAGAAGGAUCGAGAGGAUAAUAGGGCUGCCGAGAGGCGGGGAUUUGUAGCGAAUCAGGCCCGGCGGAAUAAACCGUCUCUGUGGCGUAAGAGGGAUUAUGGCGGACAGGGCCUACGGAGUUAGCCAUGUGGGAAGUUUGGUCCUAUUGUAUCCAUGGCCAGUCUCUCUUUCUCUCUCUCUUUCUCGCCCCCUGAGGCCUCCUUCUCCCUCUCCUUUCGAUCCCGCGCGGGCCGGACUCGAUGUCAUCGGAUUACAGGGUGACAAACGCUCACAAUCACUUCAUCCACAAGGUUCUUGGUUUGCUGUUUACAAUCUACAAAUAGCGUGCUGGUCCGUACACCCAGUUGCAGCCGGUGCCCACAGGUUCGAAGCUCCAGACUUGAUCGGCGAAUAUGGGGGGCGGUUCAGGACGAGUCACGACCUUAACCCCCAAGCUCAAGGUCCAUAAGCGGUACCGAAGACCAAGGCUUGCGUCGAAUACAGGCGACAGGCAGGCGAUUCAUGAUGUGCCUGUGCUAUGUGGGUACAUGUGGCAGCAGCAGAUAAUCCCCAAGUCUCGGCGAUUU